UGAGGCAAACGUGGGUGAGCCGCUGGCAGCCUGUUGUCAGCUCUCCGCCAGGUUCACCGCGGGUUCGCUCGUUACGCACUUUGUGUUCUGUACUUCUCUGCAACUGGAACGGCACUGCCUCCCAGAGACUUCCGUGAGCGCCCCUAAAGAAGGAGCCAGGACGGUGUGCUGAGGCGGGGAAGCCGCUGUGAACGGCUGCGGCCAAGGAAGCGUGGACGUGCCUCCGCGUUCCCGAAUUCAACUCGGCGCGAGCGGCGCGGUUUUUAUGGGGCAUUGGUGGCCCCGGCAUCUAGUGGGUGGUUAUUCAUUGUCAAGACGCUGCUCACUAAUUCGGAAAGUGAAAAAACCCACCGUUUUCCAGCAUUUCUCUUGGAGGAGGACUAAGCAAUAGGAAAAAAAUGUCUAUUUUCCCUAAAAUAUCUUUGAGACUCGAGGUUGAAAGUUACCUUAAAGAUGGCUUUAUGAAUAAGGAGGUUGUAUCUGCUUUAGGUAAACAAGAAGCAGAAAGGAAGUUUGAAACUCUGUUAAAUCGUUUGUCACACCCUCCAUCAUUCACAACUGUAAGAGUAAAUACACAUCUAGUCUCAGUACAACAUGUGAAAAACCUGUUACUUGAUGAACUUCGGAAGCAGCAGUUUAAUGGAUUAAGUGUUCCUAUUCUUCAACAUCCAGACCUUCAGGAUGUCUUACUUAUUCCUGUUAUUGGACCUAGGAAAAAUAUAAAAAAACAACAGUGUGAAGCCAUUGUUGGAGCCCUGUGCGGCAAUGCAGUGUUAAGAGGAGCCCAUGUCUAUGUUCCAGGAAUUGUGUCAGCUUCCAAAUUUAUGAAAGCUGGAGAUGUUAUUUCCGUAUACUCUGAUAUUAAAGGCAAAUGUAAGAAAGGAGCCAAAGAAUUUGAUGGAACAAAAGUGUUUCUUGGAAAUGGGAUUUCUGAACUAAGCCGCAAACAAAUCUUCAGUGGGCUGCCUGAACUGAAAGGUAUAGGCAUAAAAAUAACAGAACCAGUAUAUCUCAGCCCUUCAUUUGACAAUGUACUGCCCAGCUACUUAUUUUUACAGAAUUUGCCAUCUACUGUGGUAACUCAUGUUCUGGAUCCUCAACCUGGUGAGAAGAUUUUAGAUUUGUGUGCAGCACCUGGAGGCAAAACCACACACAUUGCAGCAUUAAUGCAUGAUCAGGGAGAAGUAAUAGCACUGGAUAAAACAUUCAACAAAGUAGAAAAAAUAAAGCAGAAUGCUUUGUUGUUAGGGCUGAAUUCCAUUAGGACAUUUUGUUUUGAUGGAACAAAGGCACUUAAACUUGAUACAGUUAAUAAUGCAGAAGGAGGACCUCCAUUUUUGCCAGAAUCUUUUGACCGAAUUCUUCUUGAUGCUCCCUGCAGUGGACUAGGACAGAGACCAAACAUGGCUUGUUCCUGGACUUUGAAGGAAGUGACAUCAUAUCAACCAUUACAACGAAAACUCUUCACUGUGGCAGUUGAGCUGCUGAAGCCGGGGGCUGUGCUGGUUUAUAGUACAUGCACAGUCACACUGGCAGAAAAUGAAGAGCAGGUUGCCUGGGCCCUCAGAACAUUUCCUUGCCUUCAGCUUCAUCCCCAGGAACCACAGAUUGGAGGAGCAGGAAUGAUGGGAGCUGGCCUCUCGCUUGAACAACUGAAACAGCUGCAGCGAUUUGAUCCAUCUGUUGUGCCAUUACUGGACACUGACAUUGAUUCUCUCAGAGAUGCCGUAACAGGAGACAUGAUUUGGCUGGCAAAUAAGGAUUGUAUAGGUUUUUUCAUAGCAAAAUUCAUAAAAGGCAAAUACACAUAGGAGAAGGAUCUUUAGAAGUGAAAUUCCAAACAUAGGUGUUUUUUUUCCUUAAACUGUUAUCCAGCUAAGUGAUUGAUGUCAUGAUUGCUAAGGACACAGAAAACAUUGCUAGCUUUUUCACCAGGGGUUAAGAGACUUGCUCAAGACUGCUUCAUAAGGAAGUAGUUGGGAGUGAUAGGAGAUUAUAUUUUGUGUUUUUAAAAUACUUUUUUGUGUAUUGAUUUAGCAGAGUAUAGAGAAAAGGAGAUGCCUACAGAUGUCUGGAACAUAUUUUCAUUUGGGGUCUUGUGUUUUAAUUUGUAAAGAAUGCAAGUCAUAUUUUAAUGUUAAAAUUGGUCAGUCUAACAGAAGGAAUAAAAUAUUUGGUUAUAAAAAAGGCUUUCUGUUCCUGAAUUCAUAAGUAGUAGUUCCUUAAGAAUUCAGGGAAUGGGAACGGUAACAUUUUCCAUGUGCCAGUAACUGAGCUGAGUAUUUUACCUGCUUACCAUUUGGUAAACUGCCUUUACUAUGUUCGCCUUUUUUUCAUCAUUUUAAAGUAAAAACUAUCAUGAAUAUUUUCUUUACUCUGUAGAUCAAAAAUAUGAAAGUACUGCAUAAUUUGGGUGCCUCUGAUCAUCUAUUGGAACACAUCAUGUGAGUUAUUGGAGAUGUGACCUGUGGGGAAAAGUGGCUUCUCAUUCCUGGGAACUGGCCUGGCACUUCCCACUAGGUUUUGGUGUUCUCAUAUUGAACAUGUUUCACAGAGCACCAUCAGAAAAAGCAACUGUGACCAUGAUAAUAGGUUUCUGUUACGAAUUUAUUGUAUCCGUCAAGAUUGCAAGGUCUCUUGGGUCAGUUAAGAUCUUUUAGAAGGCCUUUUAUUUGAAGAAGCCUUUCCUGAACACUCUUCUCUGAAGUGGUUAGACUCUAUUUCUCUGUGCGCCUGGUAGCCUAGUGCCAUACUGCUCUCAUGGCACGUGCCACAUUCUAGUUUAUCAGGAGCAAAUACAAGGAGCCAGCAGAUGAAUGCUUUCCCAGUCGCCUUUGGCAGCAAGCUUCCUCACAUUCCCUGACUGCUCAAGGGAUCAGCAAAACAACACGUAGCACAAUCAAAUACAAAGCCAGGAAAUCUUUUGCCUCGAAUGAGAUGGCCAUGCCCGGCACUGGAACAUCAUCUUCAUGGGCUGCACUGUAGUUGACAUUUGUCCGCACCGCAAAUGCAACGGGCUUUGUCUGAGAGGGGAAAGGGUGAGACAAGUAAGAAAACAGCGCUCCCUCUCCUCUCCACCAGCUCCCAAAUCCAAAUGUACGCUGAGUAACUGUUACAACGGUUUCUUCCAGCUUGGUCCUUCAUCACAAAACAGCUUAUUAGUACUCACACAACACAUGAAAUCUUCGAGCGCUCAGUGACAUACCCAUUCUGAACUGAAGCGAGCCUGUUCACUUUCUCUUUGAGAACACUACAAAUAAUGAAGAUUAAGACAUCAUUCCAGAAUGUGCCUCCUUCCUUGGCUCACUUCCUGUCAUCAGUUGUGCUGCCAGCAGAUCUGGAGCUUCACCCGGGAAUCUGCUUUCUAUCACACACACGGAGGAAAGAGAACAUCAGAGCCCCACCCUCAAUACCUUAACUUCAGGAACUGCACCCCUAAAAUCCGAAUGGAGAACAGUGAAAGCAGGGAUGGAAGAAAAGGCUCAACACCUAACUUUCCUCCAUGUCCUGCCUCCCUGAUGCUCCUCAGACCGAACCAGUCAGACCAGACAACCAUGCCGUGUGCCUCCAUCAUAUUCUCUCCAGUAUGAGAUGAGGGUAAUGCACAGUCCUGAAAAGCAAGACCAGAAUGUGAACCAACAAACCCUGGCUUUGUGGAGGCCUCCCAGAAACCCCAGGGCAGAGUGGACCGUGGCGACAGGCAGAUAUAGAGCUCUGAGACAUGCCAGGACCCAAGAGGUGCUCUGGGCCUUGAUGGAGCCAAGCUGCCCAGGACCCCAGAUCAGAAGCAAUGGCACGCUCUGAGAGGUGGGCUCUGCCCCAGGGGUAGGUUCCCUUCAAGCUGUCCUUUGCCCACCCUCCAACUCCGGGGAAGAUGGGGAAGAAAGGUAGAAAACAUAAAUAUAAAGAUGGCCCACAACCCUAGGUAGGGUCCUACCAGGAUGGACUAUUGUGGAAUGGGAUCUAAAUCCAGAUUUAGAUUCAUCCUCAUCCUACUCUACAGAAUCAUUAGGAUAUUUAGUUGAUUGAGAGGCCAUAUGAUCCUUAAUUACACUUCUGACACCAUUAAUAUCCUAAGAACCUUAUUAUCAGGCCAGUGCCAUAGCCUGAGUCUACUUCUGCUAUGGCCUGCUACCUGGAUCUCUGGCAAACUUGUUUUGUGGCUAUGGAGGGCUGAGCAUGUGAUGCAGAGGCAUACUACCCUACCAGCCUUUGCUUCUCAUGCUCCAGUGCCAAGACUUUGCCUUUUUUGAUACCUUCUACCUGGCACGUGCUAUGCAGCAUAAGGGUGGUUGGUGAACCACUCUUGUUUUGUAGUUGCCUUUCUGGCACCCAGAAUCAAAGUUUGCUGCACUUUAGCUUGGACGCUAAACAGGAAAAGAUUUUUAAAUCAUGUAGAAGAGUGGAGCAUCUCAUCAUCCAAACAAUUAGGUAUAAGUACUCAAACAACACUAAAGCUCUUUCAUUUUCCCACAGUAUCUUCAGUGUGUUUUCAAAUAUGUUUGAAGAAGGGAAUCAGUAAGUAAUACAGGCGCAAAGAAAUUAUUCUUCUCUUCCAAGCCCUUCUUUAUCUUGUACAUAGCAUAGCUUAUGACAAUUAUAAAAGCUACCACUUUGGGAUGUCUGCACAGUGCUGAGGAGUGUGUGGUGUACGUGCAUGCACUGUUGCAUUUAAUUGAAUCCGAGCAACAACUGUGUUUCCCAGAUGAGGAAACUGAGGCUCAAAAAAGUUCUGGCCCAUAAGCAAAAGAGAUAACAUUCAAACCCAACUAUCUCAACUCAAAACCCUGAGUUCUCUCUGUAGUGCCAGACUGCCUUUCAUUCACAGGUGCACACUGAUGGCAACUUAAGAGCAUCUAGAUGUCCAUGUGAAAUCCUUAAUACUCAAAUAUUGUAUUUUACAAAAUGCUAAAAAAUUACUUGGUAUAGAAGAAAGUAAAAAAUUAGGCUCAAGUCUGCCCUGUAGCCUAAUUUAGUCCAUUUCUUUAAAAAAAGAAAAACACUAAAUGAGCAAUGUCACAUAUUAGAACUAUGGGCAUUUUUUGUGAAGGUCAUUCAUUUCUGCUUCUUUGCACUUUGUGGUACGAUCAAUUGUGGUACAAUAAAUCAAUAACAAUGUCAAA